AUGAUUCCUCUGGUUUUGUUGAUCCCUCCAGCCUGAGGAACAUCCUGUAAUUAAGGUGUUUAUUCUUAUUUCAAUCUCUCCUCCUACAAACUGCUUCAAAAAUUAUUUCAGAUCGAGAAAUUAAAAGAUUAAAAACUUUUCGGAGCGAUGACCGUGUGUGCGCGCGCCUGUGUGCGUCGGGUCGCGCGCUCGCCACUCAGGUUUGAGAGUUGAGAUUUGGAGCAGCAGACAGGAUCCGGUUCGGUGGUUCCAGACCGCAGGAAGGUGGAUGAGCAGGAAGUUAGGAAGAACAUCUGGAAUCUCCUCAGUGUGAAUAUUAAACCUUCGUUCCUCCUUCAGGACCUCUGGACGCGCUGAGCGCCGAUCGGAGCGAUGGAGGCCGAGGUGUUCAUCCAGGCGGAGGGCGCAGACGGUUCCUGGACGCUGCUGUCCCUGCUGGCGUCCGUCGUCAUGGUGUUCGGCGGCGCCCUGCCCUACGUCCCGCAGUACCAGGAGAUCCAGAGGAGCAGCAACACCGAGGGCUUCUCCACCAGGGUCUGCCUGGUUCUGCUCGUAGCCAACAUCCUGCGGAUAUUCUUCUGGAUAGGGAAGCAGUUCGAGGUGACGCUGCUGCUUCAGAGCGUGGUGAUGAUCCUCACCAUGUUCGCCAUGCUGCACCUCUGCUGCUCCGUCCACAGCUCCAACCGGGUCAGCACCAAGCAGCACCGGCUCACAGAUUUGGACGUUCGUUACUUCUGGAAGUGGAGUGCGUUUGAGGAUUACCUGCUCUUCUGCUUCGGCUUCGCGGCGCUCUGCGCUGUGCUCACGCUGCUGCUGCUGGACUCGGCCGUGUUUGUGGAGGCGCUGGGCUCCCUGGCCGUGACCUUUGAGGCGAUGCUCGCCGUGCCGCAGCUGCUGCAGAACCUGCAGAACCGCUGCACCAGGGGAAUGAGCAAUCUGACUGUAAGUGGGCAAAGAGAGAGAGGAGAGAGGCCUGGGCCCAGCGAACCGAGGACGGGAGUCGGACUCCAGAUACCCGAUCUACAGUCUCUAUAUGCUAUGACCACCGCGCCACGCUGACCACGCGCCACGCUGACCACGCGCCACGCUGACCACGCGCCACGCUGACCACCGCGCCACGCUGACCACUACGCCAAGCAACGCCCCUAUUGCGGUAGCUUAUGCUGAAAUUUUCAGUUUCUCUUUGGUAAAUUAUUUACAUUUUUAUACAAUUUGAGCUGUCUGAGGAAUCAUCUAGUUCACCUUCUUUCAUUUCCUUGGAAAAAUCAGUUUUGUCCCGUGAUUGCAGCUAAUCAACUGGCCCAGAAAAAAGUCAUUGCAGAGAAAAGAGUCGACCAGUCGACUAAUUGAUGCAAUCCCUAGUUUCCAUCAACCUUUCCAAAUCUGAUGAAUCAAAUUAUUUAAAAGCUGCUGCUGAAAACAGAAAGAGACGCCAUGUUUACCUGCUGUCUGCCUUUUAUCUCCUCAGGUCAGGUUCAGGUCCCCUUAUAUUUCCUCUGAAUUAAAUUCCUGCUCACAUUUUUCACAGAGGAACCAAGCGAAGCGUUGCUUUCAGGCUGACUCUCUGCUCUCAGUAAUUUAACAAACUGAAAAUGUCCUCAGGCUGUGCAGAUGUUCUGAUGACUGAAGAUUAAACACGUAAUAACACUUUAUCAGCUUCUCUGCAUGACGGACGACGAGCCGCAGAACAUCAUCUCUCACUUUUCCACACAUUUACUCCAACAUUAAUCAAAGAAGACACAAAUGUUCCUGGAGAUCAAACAGACUGCUGCAAAUUUUAUUAAAAAACGUAACUUAAUAACCUCCUCUGAUAGGCUGCAAUAUUUAACCUGAAUGUUUUCAACAUCAGAGACUUUUUCUUUUCUCUUUUAUAAAAAUGAGCUUGUUUAAUUGCAGUCCUGCUAGUUUUUACAGUGACUGAUGCAAUAUGUGAUGAGAAAAUACUCACCUUCCCUGGGAACCUGUAUGCUCAGAUAAAGUCAGCCAUGUCCAAUUACACAGUGUGAUUACCGACGCCGCGCUGCUAUUGACUUCUUUUGUAAGUGCUCUUAGAUUCAGUCACUCAGGGGAAAUCAGAGCAGAGAGGAGAUGUGAAGCUGCAGCAGAGAGGUGAGACGGAAGGACAUGGCUGUGAAAAGGAAACACCUGCAGCACCUGGACGAUGCCUGUAAACGCCUCUCAGUGUGAUGUUAACUCACUGCUGUGUGGAAAUGUUUGCUUUAUUUUUCUGCUUCCAUGCAGCAUUAAUCAGCUCACAGUGGAGUUCCCAAACACUGAACUCAUUAACAUAAAGAUUUAGAGUCCAAUAAAGCGUACAGCUGCUUUAAUUAAAACAAUGAGGGAAAUAAGCACACAAUCAGAAACUGUUGAUCUGCAUAAAGUUGGACAUGAAACCUCAGAGGGAUUUGAUGUUUACUAAAGUACAGCCUGUUAAUUCUCCGGGCUUUAAUGACUCCACUGAAACCCCACACAGGGGCUUUAUUGCCCCAGAGCGAGGGGCAAAAGCUUAAAGUACAGAUGUUUAAAAACUCCAGUUUGAGUUAAUCAGGGAUUCAUGGCAGGAUCCCACAGAGGAAGCAUCAGUUUAAAACGUAAUGCUGAUAUAAUAUUUCAUAAACUGAGAGAAAACGUGUCAGCUUUAAAACACAAAGUAAAACCACCAUCAGAGAUAAUCAUGUAUUCUGUCCCCAUCCAGCUGUUUGGAUGAUAAUAUUUAUCAUUUUAAAAAUAUAAUCACAAAAUCUAAAUAAAUGCAUUCAAAUCUCUCCAGUAUUUAGUUAAAGUCUUGGUCUCAGUAGGAGAAGGCAUUGUUAACAUGUAAUCCUGAUGUCGGGAUUUUAUCCAAACAGUUUAUAAAAAUCUGAAUUUUUUAUCAAAAAUUGGACAAAAUAUCAGCUGCAGUCCAACAGUGAGUACUCCUGUAGUUGCUAAUCUAUUUUUUUCCUUAUUUGCAACAAUCGAUGCUGAGCUACCUUCUGCUAAUGCGUUUUAGCAUUUUUGCUAACUAUGAAAACGCUUAGCACACUUAGCUUGAAUUAGUUUUUAUGGAUAAUUUCUGAAGCAAUAAUUUACUCAGCUGUUCUUUAAACUCAGUAGAAUAAAGUUUUGAUGAUCUAUGAUUAAAAUUCAUUCUAAAAACAGUAAGGCAUUUAUAUACAUGCUUUUAUUUUGAAGUGGAUGAAGACUUUUUUUUAAAACAAAUAAAUAAAGAAUACAGAAUAAAACACUGAAACGAAAAACCAAGGCUGAUAAUAAAACAAACACUUGAUGUUUUUAUUGACACAUGGUUGAUAUCUACUUGGUUAAAGUUAGCGCUGCAGCAUUAGCUUCAGCCAAAUUAGCUGAACUGGUGGUUGGUGCUUUAGGGUUAGCGCAGCUAACUUCUUAGCUAGUGGUGCUCACUGCCGACAACAACAAAAUCAUUUCUGAGAUAAGCUUCUUAACUUUAAAUUUAAAUGUGGAUACAGCACAUCUAGAUGUGUAUUUUACUAUUAUAUUUUCUAAAACUAUCCAUCUAUACAUGCUUGUCCCUGCAGGGUCAGAGGUCAGGGUGGCUGGUGCCUAUCUCCAGAUCAAACUGUGAACCUUUCUGGCAGGAAGCUUCACUCAGAGUGGAGUUAUGUGUAAAAGGAAAGCUGUUCUGGUUCAUCUCAGGUGUUUUUAAAUCCAGAGUCACUCAGGUGGAAUCAGCAGCUAACAGGUUAAAUUAGUUUGUUUCAGUGAUCCGUUCUCUCCUGAUCCACCGGAUUUAGUUUUUUUUAUUGUUUAGCUUCCAGCUCUGCCCCAACAUGGCCGCCCUCCACCGCGCCGGAGCGGAGGACGGCAGCGGCGCCGCUCUGAUGCUAACGCUGCGUUUCCACUCUGACAUGUCUGAGCAGGACCGGUCCUGCUGGGCUCACAGCCGGCCGGUCCGGUCCAGUCCAGUCCAGUCCUGUCCGGUCCGGUUCGGUCCGGUCCAGUCCGGUUCGGUCCAGUCCGGUCUGGUCCAGUCUGGUUCGGUCCGGUCCAGUCCGGUCUGGUUCGGUCCGGUCCUGUCCGGUCCAGUCCGGUUCGGUCCAGUCCGGUCUGGUCCAGUCUGGUUCGGUCCGGUCCAGUCCAGUCUGGUUCGGUCCGGUCCAGUCCGGUCUGGUCCAGUCUGGUUCGGUCCGGUCCAGUCCGGUCUGGUCCAGUCCGGUUCGGUCCAGUCCUGUCUGGUUCGGUCCGGUCCAGUCCAGUUCGGUCCAGUCCUGUCUGGUCCAGUCCGGUCCAGUCCAGUCCGGUCCAGUCCAGUCCAGUCCGGUCCGGUUCGGUCCGGCUGUGUUUUCAGUGUCACACCCUUCAGGCCGGCCCACCUUGUUUCCAUGGCAGCAGCCCAUUAGCUAGCGGCCGCUCAGCCUCCACCUUCUCAGGGUCGGCCUGUGGGGAUGCAGCCACUCUGCUAACCUGGAAGUAAUGUGUGACCUUUGAACCCGAGCCGAGUCCCAGUGGAGGCCUCUGAGUCUGGGCUGCUUCAGAGACUGUCAACGUUUUCUGAACCAAAUUAUCUGACAGCUGAACUAACAGGAGAUAAAAGUGUUUUUAUAAACGCAGAACUCAGAUUAAUAUAAAAUAUGUUUCUCUGCAUAAACAAUGAAAAGCAUGAAGCUCUGCAGAACUAAAACUGAGCUCACAUAUUUCUGUUUGUGUAAUUUUUAUAUUUAACUUCCUGCAUGUAAAUCCACCCGAGGCGUUUUGCCUUGAACAGAUAACAGCUGCGUCUUAAUUAAUCCUGAGAAUAAGAAGAAGAAAACCUUUUUUCGCCCCAACAGAAUAUUUCUGAGGCUCUUUUAAGAUUAGUUGAACAAAGCAAGAUGCAUGCAGCUGUUAUUCAUUGUCCUUCAUUUUUAUUUCAGGCUUUCAUCAGUUUAUUUUACAUGCUGCUCCUUCACAUGUAUUUAGUCAAAUUAUUCUCUACUCUUUAUUUGCAACACGUCAGACUAAACCUUCAGUGAAACUGUACAAAACAUUUAAAUAUCAUCUGUUUCCUGGUUUCUACACAAUGUUUCAUUCAUAUUAUUCUUCAUAGUUUCCACAUGCAGAACUUUUUCUCUAAUAAACACAAUCAGUUCUGCAAAAUUAUGACUUUAUAUGAAGAGGUUAAAGUUUCAUGAUUUAGUCUUUUGUUGUUAUAUUAGUUAACAGCCUUCCAUAAUAUCCUGUUAUUAAAGUUUCAGUAUGAAUUGGUUCAUAAAGUAUUUAGUAUGUUGUUGCAUAUCAUGCAGCCCGUCAUAUUUCAAUAACCUGCAGCGUUCUCCGUGUUCGCCUGGCCUCCUUUCUGCUCGUUUUGUGGUGUGGAUCCGUCUCUCCUCUGUCAGGUUGGGAACUUUUGGCUGUGGAUCGAUCAACAUGCAUAAUUCAUAGUCAGUGGGUUAAGAGCAGCUCGGCUUCUCGAGCUGCGCUUUGAUUUUCCUCUCUCUGCUGCCCUGCUGCAGCACCGAGCCACGCACGGCUCCAUGCACCGCUCUGACGUGUGGGCGGUGUGGACACACACCUCUCCCAGCGUGCGGGGGGGGGGGUGCGCGCGGUGCGGUGUGUGUUUGGGUCAGACGGUUCUGAAGUUCCUGGUGUUUUUGCGGUUUUCCAUCAGUAACAUCUUUAGGGUUUCCUUCCUCCCAGAAGGUCUGAUUCCCCUGCAGACUCUUCAUGACGGAUCAAGUUUGGGAUCCUGGGAGUUUUUAUCGUGGCAGCAGAUCAGCUAAAUGUUCCCACUGAGAGAAACAUCUCAGAUUUUACUGGAGCAUCUAAACCAGCAACACAAAGCAGAUCGUCUCAGUUUGUUUAACCGUCAGGCAGAAGAUAAAUAGAUGCAGUGUUAUCCAGAAAACAUUGGAUAAUUUAUCUGACUUCAGGAAAAAAUGCUUCUUGCUUUGGAGAAAAAAUAAAUCAGGAGUUUAAUCCAGUUUUAAUCCUGAAUUGUGGGACAAUAAAGUAUAUUUCUAAUCUGAAUCACAAGCAGGUCAUUAAAUAUUCAUCCAGUUUACAGGAAUGAUGGCAUCUUUUCUGAGAGAAGGCGUCUGGAUCAGAGUUUAUCAUGUUUUCUUUCUGUUGGACCGUCAACAGCAGACGGAGGAGUUCGUCCUCCUGCUCUGAGCGCUGCAGAUUUAAAAUUCAUUUCUUCUUUCUGACUCCACUGGCUGCUUUCAUUCACAUCUGAUGUGACAGAGAUCAUGUUUUCAACAGUUCUUUCAGUAGCAACAAUAUAAAACAUAUGACAUAAAACAAUAUCUGAGCUCAGAUGUUCUCUGAUGAAGCAGAUAAAACGUCUCAGGCUGAGCGGAUCAGAACAAUCGCUUCUGUUCAGACACUCAUUCAACUAAACUCUUAACUUCAUGCAUUUAUAAUGUUUCUUUGAUUUAUUAAGUAAUUUUAACCAUAACACAAUCACUUCUUAAUCUUUUCAGUUUAAUAAAUCUGUCAGAAUUCCUUAAAAAUAUUUUAUUACUUAAAAAAAACCCAAAAUGCAACAGGAAAUAAUACAAGAACCAAACAGUCAGUACAGCACUGCAAUGUUUUCACUCAAGUAAAAGUAAAAAAUAGUUAUUAAAAAACACAGCUCAGAUAUUAUUAACUGUUUGACCAGAAUGUCUGAUUUAAGUUUUAAAAAUCAUCCAAUUAGACCGAUCGUCUGAGUAUUCUGGUCUCUGAUUGGUAGGUGAGCCGGUCCAGAUGUUUGGUCUGAACCGAGCGUCACGGUUCUCUGACGCAGCUUUCUUUCAGCAGCUUUCUGUCGGCAUUAAUGACCUUAAGCUGGAGCUUCCUCCCCACCCGUUAAUGAUCCUGCAAAGAAAUUAGCAUGAAGGGAGAUCAGCAGUUUGAUCAGGGUGAAGGUCGGAGAGGAGCAGCAGUUUCCCCCGGUGGACGGUCAGCCUGCUGGGCCAACAUUCACACGCCGGCCUCACAGCAGGUGUUAGUUUGGGAUCAAGCAGAACCGGGUCGUCUCUACCUGCAGGUGUAUAAUCCCUCUAUGAAUGGAGGAAUCUGCUACAAGGUGGCAUCAAAA